AUGACUUCUUCAGCAGACCUCCGAAUUCCCUCGCUCUUCGAUGUCAGCAACCAUGUGGUACUGGUCACCGGAGGAGCAACUGGACUCGGCGAGAUGGCAGCUCAAGGAUUCAUCCAGAACGGCGCACGGGUCUUCAUUGCCAGCCGGAAAGAGUCCGAGUUGAAGAAGACAUCGGAUCGACUGAACGCCCUGGGCCCUGGCAAGUGCGAGUAUAUCGUGGCCGACUUGAAGGACAAGGCUGGCUGCGAUGGACUUGUCAAAGAAGUGAAGAAGCGAACGGACCGCCUGACAGUGUUGGUCAACAACACGGGUGCUUCGUGGGGAGCUCCGUAUGACGACUUCCCCGAGAGCGGAUGGGAUAAGUUGAUGGCCCUGAAUGUCAAGUCCAUCUUCUACACGACCGUCGGAUUGCACGAUCUGCUGCUCAAGGGAACCAAUGCCGACAUGCCCUCGCGUGUCAUCAACGUCGCCUCCAUGGCCGGGAUCCAAACGACCGACGUCACAACAACGGGAGAUGGAGGGCUGUCUGCCCCGGGUCACGGCACCUUUAGCUAUGGGCCAUCAAAGGCCGCGUGCAUCCAUCUCAGCAAGCUGCAGGCAUCCAAAUUGGCCCCAUUGAACAUCAUGGUCAACUGUAUCUGCCCGGGCGUCUUCCCCUCCCGGAUGACAAACUUUGGCAUGGAAAAGUACCUGGACACGCUUCUUGAACGACAACCCACCGGACGAGUGGGCAAGGCAUCCGACUUUGCAGGCUUGGUUCUGUUCCUCAGCAGCAAAGCCUCGGCCCAUAUGACAGGCAAUGUGCUUGAGAUUGAUGGUGGCAGCACACUCACUGGCUGGAGGGCAAAGAAAAGGGAUAACAAGAUCUAG